AUGAGCCGCCAAUUCACCUGCAAGUCGGGAGCUGCCUCCAAGGGGGGCUUCAGCGGCUGCUCGGCAGUGCUCUCCGGGGGCAGCUCAUCCUCCUACCGGGCAGGGGGCAAAGGGCUCAGCGGAGGCUUUGGGAGCCGGAGCCUCUACAGCCUGGGAGGCAUCCGGAACAUCUCCUUUAACGUGGCCAGCAGCAGCGGGAAGAGCGGAGGUUAUGGGUUUGGUCGAGGCCGGGCCAGUGGCUUUGCUGGGAGCAUGUUUGGCAGUGUGGCCCUGGGGCCCGUGUGCCCGUCCGUGUGCCCUCCGGGGGGCAUCCAUCAGGUCACGGUCAACAAGAACCUCCUGGCCCCCCUCAACGUGGAGCUGGACCCCGAGAUCCAGAAAGUGAGAGCCCAGGAGCGGGAGCAGAUCAAGGCGCUGAACAACAAGUUCGCCUCCUUCAUCGACAAGGUGCGGUUCCUGGAGCAGCAGAACCAGGUGCUGGAGACCAAGUGGGAGCUGCUGCAGCAGCUGGAUCUGAACAACUGCAAGAACAACCUGGAGCCCAUCCUCGAGGGCUACAUCAGCAACCUGCGGAAGCAGCUGGAGACGCUGUCCGGGGACAGGGUGCGGCUGGACUCGGAGCUGAGGAGCGUGCGGGACGUGGUGGAGGACUACAAGAAGAGGUACGAGGAAGAAAUCAACAGGAGGACGGCUGCAGAGAAUGAGUUUGUGCUGCUCAAGAAGGAUGUGGACGCGGCUUAUGCCAAUAAGGUGGAGCUGCAGGCCAAAGUGGACUCCAUGGACCAGGAGAUCAAAUUCUUCAAGUGUCUCUAUGAAGCCGAGAUCGCUCAGAUCCAGUCCCACAUCAGCGAUAUGUCCGUCAUCCUGUCCAUGGACAACAACCGGGACCUGAACCUGGACAGCAUCAUCGACGAGGUCCGCGCCCAGUACGAGGAGAUCGCCCUGAAGAGCAAGGCCGAGGCCGAGGCGCUGUACCAGACCAAGUUCCAGGAGCUGCAGCUGGCAGCCGGCCGGCAUGGGGAUGACCUCAAAAACACCAAGAACGAGAUCUCGGAGCUCACCCGGCUCAUCCAGAGAAUCCGCUCAGAGAUUGAGAAUGUGAAGAAGCAGGCUUCCAACCUGGAGACGGCCAUCGCCGAUGCCGAGCAGCGGGGUGACAAUGCCUUGAAGGACGCCCGAGCCAAGCUGGACGAGCUGGAGGCCGCCCUGCACCAGGCCAAGGAGGAGCUGGCCCGGAUGCUGCGCGAGUACCAGGAGCUCCUGAGCCUGAAGCUGGCCCUGGACAUGGAGAUCGCCACCUACCGCAAGCUGCUGGAGAGCGAGGAGUGCAGGAUGUCAGGAGAAUUUCCCUCCCCUGUCAGCAUCUCCAUCAUCAGCAGCUCCAGCGGCAGCGGCGGCUACGGCUUCAGGCCCAGCUCGGUGAGCGGCGGCUACGUGGCCAGCAGCGGCAGCUGCAUCUCCGGCGUGUGCAGUGUCCGCGGCGGGGACGGCCGGGGCAGGGGCAGCGGCAGCGACUACAGGGAUACCCUGGGGAAGGGCUCCAGCCAGAGCACCUCCUCCAAGAAGGCCGGCAGGUAG